AGAUGCCUGGUUACCCUCUUCUUCUGGCGUCCGUAUGUAUCAGAAUAAUCAAUAUUAAGUUCAUCGGUCCCGCUACCAUCACGCAGCUCUCCAUAUUCGUUUUCUCCCGCCGUACGAAAUGCGAUCGUGUUUUGUCGAUUUCCCAACAUGCACCUCGGGACAACAUGAGUGUGUAGAUGGAAAAUUCUGCAUAUGUUCCUAACCCUCUACCACCCCCAGCUUUGGUAGUGUUUUCUCAAGCAGGAGGGCUGCCUGAGGCCCUUAGAAUGCAGAGGCCCUUCAAUCCACAGGCACCAGAAGCUAAGGAUUUGCACGUGCCGUUCACCGCUGCUGGGUUUGGCCUCCGGCACAUGGAAAGCUAUCCCGGCCUGCCGGCCCACCUGCUGCACCAUCUCCAGCCUCAGUUCUUGCACCCGGCUCUUGACCCGCGAGUCCCUUUCGGAUCUGGCGCUUUCAGACCUCUCGGUACACCCGCAGCUCCCGAGGUCAAAGGUUUCCCUUCUGCUUUUGCCCCACCUUCCAAGUGUCUGAAGAUCGAGACAGGCAGCAGCAAUCACCACGAAGCGUCGACCCCCACGAACCACCUGUCCACCCUCUUCUCUCCCGGCAUCGCCGCCGAAGAGCGAGGGUAUCUGAACGGCCAGACCCAACAGCAGAGAGCCGAUUCAAGUUCUCCUGCCAGCGCGUCCGUCUCGCCUCCUCUUCUGGCUCCUGUGGUGAAGGAAGAGAGUUCAGACGCCCCCAUGUCUGAAGACCGCGAGGGCACGGCCACCCCGGGCUCAGAGGGCACCGAGCGCUCGACUCCCGAGGAGGGACGAGGAUUUAGACUCGGGCCACUUUUCGGUCCCGGUGCUGGUCGCUGUGGUUCCGAAGCUCUUGGCCUUGGUUUCGGGCUUGGCCUUGGUUUCGGGCCGGCGUACCGCUUCGCUGCUGCCAACCCUGGGCUCUCCAAGGGCCGUUGCCUCCUAUUCGAACAAGGGAAGAAGAAGUUCCAGUCGGACCCGUCCUGCUGUCCCGUGUGUGGAGUGACGAUGAGGCCUGGUGAACUGGAGACACAUUUUGUCCAGGAAGUAGAGAGGCUGUACAAGCUGAGUUCCAGCAGUCGGGUCCGCAGAUUGUCCCUGGAGAAUUCGCGACCGCCACUGCCAUCCGGCCCCACCACCUCCUCGGGCCCCAGGCGGGAGGGCGACGGGACUCCGGAGGGUCGAUGGGAUACUUACCAAAGGGUCAAAGCGAACCGGCAGGGACGACUGCGAAUCAAGAACAGGAAACGGAAAGCGGACGAAGCGACUUGUCCGGUCUGCAACGAGCGGGUCCAGGGGAGCGCAGAAGAGUUGAAUAGCCACGUCGAGAUGUGCUUGAGGAAGCACGGGGCGACGGUCGACGAGGACGAGAACGUGGACGUCGAAGGCGACAGCGAAAUGUACGAGGAAUACGAAUGGGCGGGGCAGCGGCGGAUUCGAGCCACCACGUUGCUCGUCGGCGGAUUCGCAGCUGCGGGAAUGUCAACAUCGAGCAGUCGUCGGAGUCCGAUCGACGAGGAAGCGGACCUCGUGGUGGACGGCGAUGAUUCUGCGACGUACGGACCGCCACAGUACUCGGAAGCUGACGUCGUAAUCACUAGUGCAGAUGGGCCAAGAGAAGAGAUGGAGAGAGAGGCCCUGCGUGAAGCGAUCAUAAGUCCGGAGGGCGGUAAAUCGGCGUCGCAGGGCAAAGGCAGCGGGUCAGAGGUCGAGGUCAAGGAGGAGCCGAUGUGCAGUGGCCAGCAGCACGCCGAUGUGACGGAGGCGUCGUCGGACGACGCUGGAAACGACUCUCAGACGCGCAACCAAGUGCUGGAAGCGUUGAAGAUGAGGAUCCGCGAGUUGGAAACGCAAACCCGAGCCAUUGGGGACGAGAAGUUCAAGUGUCUGAUCUGCAUGGAGCGCUACAAGAAGCCGGUGAUCUCCGUCUGCUGCUGGCAUGUCCACUGCGAGGAGUGCUGGUUGCAUACGCUGGGAGCAAAGAAGCUCUGUCCACAGUGCAACAUGAUAACAUCCCCUUCCGAUCUGCGGAGGAUUUUUAUGUGACGCCAAGAAGAAAUGGGUUGACCAGUCGAAGUACCUCAUCGCUGCCUGCUGUAACACGCGACCCUGACUUGGCCCCCCCUCUAAGUGUCAGUGCAGUUGACGUGAGUCGGACAAGCGCGUUGUCAGCUGACGGUGUCACCACGGAGUAGUUGUAUCUCAGUUACUUUGUUCAGAUGUUUUAAUUUUAAGGCUCGGACAGCGCGGCCGCUCCCUCGCGGAAACAGUGACGACGAGCGAGCGAGCGAGCGAGCUUUUGUGAUAUCUGAAGACCUGGUCCCAUUUUCCAUUCGAACUAAUCAUUCACGUUCUCAGAAAUAUCAGCGAUGGAUUAAUGUGCUCCUGGAACACGAGUGGAGUGACUUAUGGUUGAACCGCGCGUUUGUGAGUGUUCCCCCAGCGACAGCGCGUACUUACAAUUGCACUGAAACGUAUAAUCAUGACGUAACAUCACGAUACAUUUGCGCUGAUGAAGGACCUCUAGUCAUGACGCUCAGUGGAUGAUGGUGUCUCCUCCUCCCGGAUUUUGUCUGUGUAAAUCCACUGUUUGCAUUUCGAUUCGCGUAAGUCGCGUGGUUUCUGUGUCAAAAUAUGCGGAAUCUGUGAAGUGACUCUUAAAACGGCUUCAAGGAACGUGAACUCGUGGCACGUCUUCGCUACGGACGUCUCUGUGUCGUAUUUUUGUUAAAGAUGAAGGAGACUGCUCUGUUCCGUGUGGGACGCAUGUUUGUAGAUCACGCACUCUAAAUUAAUGACAGCAAUUAGGCACAGUAAUAACGAGCCGACAACUUUCUGGCAUCUUAACAGAGUUCUCGACGCUGAUACUUGUUUCGCAACAAAGUUUCUGGACGUGCAGGUUAUCUUGGAAGCCAAAUGAGGGACGAGAGGCGAGGGAGGUCAGAACAGACGACGGUUUCUGUGCGAGCCUUGUAGCAAAUAUUUGGUCCGCUCCCGUCCUUCGAGCAUCUGCUGUGGUCUUGCUUGCCGUGGCGCACGUCCUCCGCGGCCAACACAAAGUCAUUCACAGUUCGUAAGGACAGGGAGAGCGAGAGAGAGGUCGUUCGUGUGAACUUUAUACCCAACCGAUGUUUCCUUAAAGUCAACGAACAGACCGAGUGAGCAGCUAGGAAGGCGAAUCUCAAGACAACUUGCCCGUUUUGAUCUUGAAUCUGGGAUCGGACUACUUUUUGUAUCAACGUAACAAAUCUCACACAUAUCCCUUCACGAGAAUACGAGAGUCUGUCGCAGGGCCUGAUUUAAGGGGGUCCAGGUAGUCAUUGCCAGAACCAUGUUACGUGAUACUUAUAUGAAAUUGUUUGUUUGUUUGUAAGUAAUUUCAAUUUUACCUGAAUGUGUUGUUGCUCAUAGGGGCGCCCCCCACGACUAAAUCCGGCCGUCGUCUGUUGCCUGUCACUUCCCUUCCCAGAUUUUUUUUUUGUUAUUUUCCGCUUAAAUUGUCUUAAGAGGUUAAGUUGCGGCAGUAGGGUCUGCAUGACGUCACUGGUGAACGAACUCCGUGUCCAGCAGUCUUCAUUUCAGCGUCGGGGUCCACGGAAUUCGCCAGAAUUCCUCGGAAGUAUCCUUCUUGCGAAUCUGUCACGUCGGGGAAGAGGCGGGUGACGCUGUGUGUCGUGGUCUUGUGGGGUUUGACGCCGUGUACAGUCGUAAGGAGGAGGUACCAGCGUUUCGGAGAAACAUUCUGCCUCCAUCUUCAGCACUGGAUAUCUGGCCGAGGAGUCUAAACGGCGUCACAACCCAGAAGACCAUCGUUGGCCUCGCUGCCGAGAGGAAUUAGACGUCGUGUUUAUUUCAUCUUAAGUUUGCCUUUGUGCCAGAGGAGCGCAGUAGUUUUUAUGCUCUUUUCUUUUCAAACAGCUCGGCACGUGCCCAAUAGUUCGUAUCGGUACGAAGGCCUUCAGAGUAACUACGUGUUUCGUUGUUUUUAAGCCUUACUGUCCUUGUGUUCUCUGCAGUAUUUUGGUUCCCCGUCAAAAUGACUGUCCUUAAUUCGGUACGCGUUGUGAGUUGAUCUCUCUACUGUGCCCACUUAAGUAUGUUCCAUUUAAGACGGAUCGUCGUCACGUUCCUGGUGCUAAGUCAUGCAGACGGUUCUACUUGCCCUCCCUUUGUCAGCUCUUUUCCUUGACGUGAUUUCAAGAUGCCUUAAUAUACAUUUGACUUAUAAUUGAUUGACAGCCAUUGACUGAAGAGUUUUGAUCAUACCGAGGACAUUAUUACCAAAAUCUAAUUAAAUUUGCCUUAAAGUCUAUGUGGAAACGCGAAUGAAAUAAGCUUGAGAUAUAUUUGCCACUGUAAAACUUAACUCGCACUAUUUGUUCGGCCCUUAUUUUCCUUCACAGUCUGUCCAAACAUUUUGGAGAACGUGUUAUCCUAAUGUAAAGAGUACUGUGAACAUUUUGUCCGAGGUAAGAGUUCUUAUUAUUGUAUAUAAGUCUUUAGAAGAAUGUUUUGUUUGUAAGUAAAUGUUUUGCAAAUGGAGUACGACGUUUCGUUCCAGGGCCAGUUUUCAAGUUCUCUCGGCUUGCCAUGUAACUGUGUAUUUUGAAACUUCACUCUAGCGCAGUGUUUUCGUUCCUGUACUCGAAAUAAAGGCCGCUAAAACACCUAA